AUGGCACGUGCGACAUUCCAAAGCCGUGAGGAGACAAAGCCGAGAUCCCCGCGGGCCGCGCCGCCCCGCAGCUCGUUCCGGGAGGAGACGCGCUUCUGCGACGCGCACCUGGUGCUGGAGGGCGAGGAGAUCCCGGUGCAGAAGAACAUCCUGGCGGCCGCCAGCCCCUACAUCAGAACAAAAUUGAAUUACAAUCCUCCAAAGGAUGAUGGCUCAACCUACAAGAUUGAACUCGAAGGGAUAUCUGUUGAUAUCAUGAAAGAGAUACUAGACUACAUCUUCAGUGGGCAGAUCAGGCUAAAUGAAGAAACUAUCCAAGAUGUGGUACAGGCAGCUGAUCUCCUGCUGCUUACAGACUUAAAAACUCUCUGCUGUGAGUUUUUAGAAGGUUGCAUAGCUGCUGAGAACUGUAUUGGUAUUCGGGACUUUGCACUGCACUAUUGUUUGCAUCAUGUUCACUACCUUGCCUCAGAGUAUCUGGAAACUCACUUUCGAGAUGUCAGCAGCACAGAGGAAUUCUUGGAACUGACUCCUCAAAAACUGAAAGAAGUGUUGUCGAUGGAAAAGCUCAAUGUUGGAAACGAAAGAUACGUCUUUGAAGCAGUGAUUAGGUGGAUUUCUCAUGAUUCAGAAUCCAGAAAGGUCCACAUGAAGGAUGUCAUGUCGGCAGUGUGGGUGUCGGGUCUGGACGCAGCCUACCUGCGCGAGCAGAUGAUGAGCGAGCCGCUGGUGCGCGAGAUCGUCAAGGAGUGCAACAACAUCCCCCUGACGCCCCCGCAGCAGGGAGAGGCCAUGCUGGCCUCCUUCAAGCCCCGGGGCUACUCCGAGUGCAUCGUGACUGUUGGGGGGGAGGAGAGAGUAUCACGGAAACCAACCUCAGUGAUGCGGUGUAUGUGUCCUCUUUAUGAUCCCAAUAGACAGCUCUGGAUUGAACUUGCUCCUAUGAGUAUUCCAAGGAUCAAUCAUGGAGUAUUGUCAGCAGAGGGAUUUUUAUUUGUGCUUGGUGGUCAGGAUGAAAACAAGGGAACGCUAAGCUCUGGAGAGAAAUAUGAUCCAGACACCAAUUCAUGGAGUUCCUUACCACCAAUGCAUGAGGCACGACAUAACUUUGGUGUGGUAGAGAUUGAUGGGAUUCUGUAUAUUCUGGGAGGUGAGGAUGGUGAAAGAGAGCUGAUCUCUAUGGAGAGCUAUGAUAUUUAUAGCCGGACCUGGACCAAGCAGCCAGACUUGACCAUGGUUAGAAAGAUUGGCUGCUAUGCAGCUAUGAAGAAGAAAAUCUAUGCAAUGGGUGGAGGCUCCUAUGGAAAACUCUUUGAAUCUGUGGAGUGUUACGACCCCAGGACUCAGCAGUGGACAGCAAUCUGUCCUCUCAAAGAGAGGAGAUUUGGGGCAGUGGCCUGUGGAGUUGCCUCUGAGCUUUAUGUAUUUGGUGGGGUCAGGAGUCGUGACGACAGCCAAGCCAGUGAGAUGGUGACGUGCAAAUCAGAAUUUUACCAUGAUGAGUUUAAAAGGUGGAUUUAUCUAAAUGACCAGAACCUAUGUAUCCCAACUAGCUCUUCUUUUGUGUAUGGAGCUGUGCCCAUUGGAGCCAGCAUAUACGUGAUUGGAGAUCUCGAUACAGGUACAAACUAUGACUAUGUUAGGGAAUUCAAGAGAAGCACGGGCACCUGGCAGCGCACGAAGCCGCUGUUCCCGUCGGACCUGCGGCGGACGGGCUGCGCGGCGCUGCGCAUCGCCAACUGCAAACUCUUCCGCCUGCAGCUGCAGCAGGGGUUGUUCCGCAUCCGCGUACCUUCCCCGUGACCCCUGCGCCGCCAGGGGAGGAGACUGGAAGAGUUCUGCGCAGUGCACCAUAAUCUAGCUCUAUUUAAAGGAAAAGCUGAGAAAUUACAGCUGAAAACUUACACUGUAUGCUGUGCUUUGGUAUGGUAACUGUUUUUGUUUUAAAUGCUUACAAAGCUUGAGUCUCAGUACUUGUUUCGGGAACAAAUAACUUAAGUACACAUUAAAAAGAAGAGAAGGGGGAAAAUAUAAGGGGAGAUCGAGGAAACACCUUCAGUCGUAACCAUUUGGAGUUUAAGCCGUGUUGUUGAAGGAGGAUUUUUGUGUCUGAAACUGGUGGGAAUCAGUUUCCUUUGGCAAAGCUUAAUGAAAAGCAAAAAAACAGAUUUCAGGUGCGUUUCCCCUGCGGGGAACUGAUACGAAUCCUUGUGCUAUCUGGAACUGGAUAGCUGUAAUACACAGAAGCUUCACGAUAACCAACCUCCCUGGUGUGCUGCUGCUGGAGCAUGAGGCCACAGGAGGUGUUGGUCAUUGCACCUUUUAUUUCUAGUCCUUUCUCAAAAGAUAAGGUCUGUGCCUAAAAAAUGGUGGAGGUGUGUACAUACGGUUUUUCUUUCAUUUGCAACGGUUUCAUUCCAACAAAUAUUUUUAAUAUAUAUAUAAAAUGGACUAAUCUGAAAUGGAUACACCCCAGAAAAUGGAUUCAGUACACCACAAAGGAGUAAACUGUUUUUUUCUACGCUGUCAUUCGAGUAGCCCAAUGAACUGGUCUGGAGAUGGUUGAACAUGCACUUCUGGGUGGGCUUUGGUGGCUGUUUUCCUUGAAGUGAAAAGGGAAGACAUGUUUGGAACAGUUAGUGAUGAUUGCUGCUUUUGGUAAGAGCAAAAGGACAAAUUAAAUAGAUUGUGUUCCUUUUUACUUCAGAUUGCUUGCAAGCUAAGAAUGGUUUUUAAGACUGAGGACUGUAGAAAGGUGCAUUUUACGUCUCUUAGAACAAAGGUGAAAUAUGACAAGGAUAUAUUCAUUUUGCAGAAAAUAUGGGUUUUGGACUAAGAGUUAAGGAAAAUUUGUACAGUGACUUUAAAUUGGGAUCAAAUUUGGUUUACUAAUGAUUUCAGUGCUACAGUACAGUCUUGUUUACUGCUGUCUGACUUUGAAAGCUGGGGUUUAUGGUGUGGUUCUAGUGAAGAACUUAGUAUCUUGCAUUUUAUUUCUUACUAAGCCUUGUUCACAUCCAUAGUGAUAUUUAAUUGACUUUUGUUUGUAGUCAAGAUCAACUGGUAGAACAGUUUUACCUCAAUUUUUGAUUUUAUUGUUGUUGUGAUGGGCAGGACAUAACCUGUAUUUAUUUAAGAGGAAUAAAAUGGAGAGAUGGAAAAUAGAAAUAAUACCUCCUGCCCUUCAGAAAAAGAGACUUUGUACAACCAGUAUUAUAACUACAUACAAGACUUUCCACUCUGCAACUUUGUGGACCUCAGACAACCCAAACUCUGCCCUCAGUUUUGUUAUUGUAAACCUUUGUCAUCAUUAUUGACAUCAUCUUACACAUGUUGAAAUAUGAUCCCAAACUAGUUCAAAACAUUGGUAUUUCAUUAAAUAGUCCUUGAAGAGCCUUCUGAAACUUACUUCUGCUCAGUCUUUUCAUAGCACUGAUACGGGGUUGGAAUUACUCUGAUGCCUGAGCAGAGGAAUGUGGCAGGGUGGGGAAAAGGGCAGCAGCCAAUCUAUUGACCAUUUUUUAAUUUUUUUUUUUUUACAAUGCUGAAGUCUGCAAAACUUGAACUAUAUACAUCGAUUUUCUGACCUAUAUUAGUUGGCAUAUUAAAAAGUUUAUAUAUUUAUGCAUUGCAGUAAACUUGGUGUGUAUAUAUAUGUCUUUAGAUUUUAAAUUUAUAUAUAAUGCUUUACUACAGAAAUGUGAACCACUAUUUCCAUCCUUGGCUGUCUUGUGAAAUAAAUCAAGUGCUGUUAGUUUAUCUGUAAAACUUCCCUUUUUUGAAAAAUCUUACAUGGAUCAAUUUUUUUGUUUUUCCUCAGACAAAGUGCCAAGAUCCCAUAUUCAAAAGUGAUGAAUGUUCCUAAGUAUCUGUCACUUUUGAGCUCAGUUUUCUAAGUGGCUUGGAAAACUUCCGAAAAUGUUAUUCAGAAUAUUGCCAGCUGCUAUCUCCUGAGUCCCUGUAGCUCCCCAGUACACUUGAGGGCAUUCAGCAUCCAGAAAAUGUAAGUGAUAAAUGCACAUGAUAAAUCCAAGUAAAUACUCUAGCAGUGUUUUGCAGUUCAAGUUACUGAACCAAAUGUUUACACUUAGAGUAGGAUUAAUACUAGGUGUUCUUAGUUUGUUGUUUUUUUUUUUUGAAAUGGAAACAUAAAUAAAACAAACAAAUCUGCUGGUGAUUGGAGCAUGUUGCGAAUGCACUCAGUGAGAUUUGACCAAGAAGUUUAAGCCUCUGUACCUGAACCAGUCACAAAGUGAAUUUCUGAGCACACUGUACUCGUGUCACGUUCCACGUGGCUGGGGACCAAGUCUCCAGGGAUGCUCUCCAGGGGUUUUGGGUGUGUGCUCAAGAUUUAGGCACUCCUGAGAUCUCAAAACUGGCUUCCCUGGCCUUGCCUAAGGGGAUGGGACCACUCCCCAUCUGCAUUGUCUCUGGGACUGAUCCAGGAGCUGUUCUAGCCCCUGUGUGUGCAGGAGGGAAGGGAUGUGUCUUCUGGGGUCUGACUCCUGUCUAUCUGUCUGUCCAGCUCUGAUCUGUGAGUGCAUCCCUUGCAUUGUGCAAUAACCAGGCUUGAUUUCCCUCUGGAUUUAGAGCAAUGCUUUGAAGCCAAGGCUUUCCUUUCUCCAGGGAUUGUACUGGUGAUGGUGUAGGAGUGAAGCUGACCUCUGACUUUCUCUUUUCAAAGGGAUGGUUGACUUCAGAAGGGGAGGGAGGCUGUGAUGAUACCAGAGGUGCUGAGAGGACGGAGGUCACCAGUUGCUGAGUGUGUUGAACGUGCAAACAGCUGUAGAUUGAACUGGGUUCACUGGUAAAUGCCACCACUCAGCUGUCCCUGCUCUCCUGGCACUGUGUACCCUUGCACAUGAUGGCUGAACCACAUGAAAAAAUAACUCAGAAGUUUUUUUGAGUUGCAAUCAAGGGGUUUUAGGUGGUUUGGCAGUUUAGAAACUUGUUUAAGUUGUCCUUUCUUGGCACAGUGGCCUUAAUUCCUCCCAGCUCAUGCGUUGGCACUGACAUUCAGCGAGGUCCUCCACAGGUGACUGUUUGGAUGUGUGUUCUGGUCAGCUGUCCAUGCAGGAUGAGGGCUGGCUGGGCCACUUUCAGCUUGAGGCACUUGGGCUGGGCCUCUGCAUCCUUUUUCCUGUCCCUGCUGAGGAACUGGAUCAACCCCAGCUACUGAAAUGAGAAAAUCAUCAAAUACAGGGUUGGAACUGUUGAUGAAGG